AUGAUCUGUGUUUGGUGGGAUUGGGAAGGCAUGGUGUACUGGGAAAUGCUCGAAAGGAAUGACACGGUCACUAAGGAGCUCUACAUAGCCCAACUACAUCGCGUGAAAGAGGCUAUGCGACUGAAAAGACCACCAACAAGGCCAAACCAUGCUCCUUCACGACAACGCCAAGCCUCAUGUUGCACAAGUCGUGAAAGCCGCACUCGAAGAGCUCGAAUGGGAGGUCCUUCAGCAUCCGCCGUAUUCUCCGGACCUUGCACCGACGGAUUACAAUCUUUCCCGCUCCCGAACCAUUACCUUCGACAAUGA